UAUAUCUCUUCGAUAGACAAACAAUGAAAUCAGACACUUAUGAACAUAAAGAUAUGAAAAGGAAGAGGAACAAUUGCAUGAAUAUAUUUUAUAUAUCAUCGAAAUUAAUAUAUAGUUAUCGAUUGGAUAAUUUAUUUAAAGUUUAUUGUAAAUCAUUCACUAAAAAAUAUAUUAAGUAAGAAACCAUGUCUAAAAGAUGUCCAACCAACGAUUCCUUUUGGUUUUUGCCUCCUACCAUUUCGGUUUUAGUCGAACCCUCCUUCAGAACAUCUGUAUGCGGCUGGACCCCCUCCGCCAUAGUGAACAGCCAAAAGACAAAAUCAUUUUUUGAGGUUUGAACUUAAGUUGUAGCUGGCAUUAAAGCUUUUAUGGAUCUGCAUUUAACUGUAUCUUGGAUUCUGAUUGCAAACGAGUAGUCAUCUUAUAGCAUCUAAUACAAAGUAGGUAAAAUAACUAGGUAAAUAUCAUUUAUAAGGUUCUACAAGUAAAACUUAUGUUUAAAAUUGAAGUUCUAAUUAUAUUCGUUAGAUGUUAUAUAGUUAUUUCGCGUUACAUGCUUGCUAUCUAUUGCAAGCCUUUAGGACUUCUUGAAGUACCUUCUACUCCACCGGGGCUAAAAAGUUACCCAUAAUAUACAAAAAACUGACGGCUAGUGAGUAAUACAAUUCGUUCUUCAGAUGUUUUCUAGACUUUUAUUAUAAUUUUAAUUUAAUAUCGAAUAGAGUAUGCCACUAUGCAACUUAGUUAGAUGUGUAAAGAUGUAGGUUCGAACCCUUAUUAGCAUAUAUUAUCUUAAAUGUAAUCUUCUACAUAGAUCUAUCGUAAUUGACGCCUACUAUGAUUACUUCUCUUUCUGAUUGGUGAAGCUUCAAAGAAAUAAAUAACAUAAACUCAAACACAUGCAUUUUUAAAGUUUUUACAUCAAUUGUUUAUCUCUAAAGACAACUCAUUAAUAGUUUCCAAAUUUGGAGUUAUCAUCAGCAAACAUUGAUAGCUCACAAGGGAGCCUCUCCAUGUGUUAAAUCAGGUUUAAUUCGAGACUAUUUCAGUUUGAUAAGUAUUAGUGAGCGAUGAGAUAGUCUAGGAUGUUUUAGAUUUCAAGGUGUCCAUGCUUAUGAAAUCGGAUGUUGACUAAAUUUUUCAACAAAACUCUUUAGUUCACUUCACGAGGAAACUACCCGAACUGAUACGCGUCAUUUGAGCUCAUAUUGGAUUCUUUCCUCAUGAGCCUCUGAAGCCGACUUAUGAUCGUUUUACUGAAUUUUCGAUUCAGCUUUAGUUAUUCGCCGAAAAAAUCAAAUAAUGAAAUUUUGCACUAAUAAUUUUCGUAAUGGAACUAGUUUCUUUUUUGAAAGUUUCAGUCGUUGUGAGGUACGAAUGUUGGAAAUUCUGCUGUGUGACAAAGCAAAUUUCAUGUUUAUAUCUGUAUCUCAUGGUAGAAACAACUAAAAAAGUUGCAUUGAAAACAUUAUUUGUGCGAAGUUUUAAGCUGGAACUCAACCUGACAGAUAGACACUACAGGGUUUUGCUAUUGCUCCUGGCUCUUCUUUUCUGUCCACUGGGUGCUCUAUCCCAUUUUCUUGAAUGUCUUUUAUGAAUGUGAUCUUUAAACAGUUUGCAAUACACGAAAAACACAUGAAGACGAUAUAACGGCAUUGAAAAAGCGUUUACUUUAUACAUUGUUUAUUCAAUAGUUACUUAUUGAUGUCUAUGGUUCUCGAAAAUUUGCUUCACUUGACUGUUUAUUAAAGGCAUAAUUAAGGAGGAGUCAAGCAGCCUCUCUGUCAUCGAUUGAAUGUGUGCGUCCUCUUGAUUACACCACUAUCGUCUAAGUCUAUUCCACUGCAAGAAAUAAAAGAUUCUAUAAAGAAAUAGAAUUUUACCAUUACUUUCUUAUCAUAUAGAUAUUUAUUUUUGUGUUAUCGCAGGUAUUAAUAAUACAAUACAUGAUGUUCAUUUGUAUUACCAUAUAUUGAAAGUGAUUAUUAUUAUGAACCUACAACUCCACCAACAGAUAUAGAUAUAUCUUUUACUAAUAUUGGUGAGUAUGUAACUUCAAUUGUACCUGCUUAUACUGAACAACAAUUAAAAGAGCUUCUUCGACGUCAAAUCGAAUAUUAUUUUAAUCCAGAAAAUUUUCAAGUAGAUAUAUUUCUUUGUCAACAAAUGACUAAAGAUAGUUAUGUACCACUUUCAUUAAUUGCUAACGCAGUUCAAGAUAGUCUUGUUGUUGAACUUAAUGAUAAAUGUAUAGUACAUUGUCGAAAUGAACCUGAUCAUUGGCCAUUGAUGAUUGAUGUAAACAAUCAGUUAAUAGCAUUAAAUCCUGAUG